AUGAUUUCAGUCACUCCGCUCCGAGCACCUGUUAUUGAUAUUCAUCCAAAUGCUCGCUGGGAACAAAAUGGUAUUACGAUAGCUGGAGGAAAUGGACUAGGCAAUAGUAUCAAUCAACUAGCAUGGCCACGGGGUUUCUUUGUUGAUGAUGAGCAAACCAUUUAUGUCGUCGAUGAAUUAAGUCACCGUAUUAUGGAAUGGAAAUGGAAUACGACAAGUGGUCAAAUGGUUGCUGGAGGAAAUGGACAAGGAAAUGGGACUCGUCAAUUGUUUAACCCAUUCGAUGUGAUUGUCGACAAGGAGACAGAUAAUCUCAUUAUCUGCGAUCGUUUGAAUAACAGAGUAGUUCGAUGGCCUCGUCAAAAUGGAAGAAGUGGAGAAACAAUCAUCUCCAAUAUCGAUUGUCGAGGCUUGACAAUGGAUGAAAAUGGAUUUCUCUAUGUUGCUGACAAUAGUAAAAAUGAUGUGAGACGAUAUCGAAUAAGAGAAUCGAAGGGAAUAGUGGUUGCAGGUGGUAAUGGACGUGGAUAUCGUCUCGAUCAACUCUCUUCUCCACAAUACGUAUUCGUCGAUCGAGAUCAUGCAAUCUAUGUAUCUGAUACGAGAAAUCAUCGUGUGAUGAAAUGGAUGGAAGGUGCAACACAAGGCAUUGUGGUGGCUGGUGGUCAAGGAGAUGGAAAUGGUCUUGCACAAUUGAAUCAUCCUUUUGGAGUCGUUGUCGAUCAGUUAGGCACUGUCUAUGUGGCUGAUCAAUCGAAUGAUAGAAUCAUGCGUUGGCCCAAAGGAGCUACAGAAGGAAUUGUCAUUGUUGGUGGAAACGGUGAAGGAAGCCGAUUGAACCAGUUCAAUGGCCCCAGUUGUUUGUCAUUCGAUCGACAUGGCAAUCUCUAUGUCGUUGAUAGCGGAAAUCAUCGAGUACAAAAAUUUUAUCUCGCCUCAAAUGCUUAG